UUGGUAGUGGAAAUGGGCAGCAGGGAGGAGGAAUGUGAAACAUUUCUGAUGCUGGUCCAGUGGCUGUUUACACGGUAGUCAGUCCGUGACAUCAGAGUCCAGACUUUAUAAAUGUCAGUAGGCGCAAAAAUGUGCAGUUAGCAAACAGCUGCCCUGGUUGCACCACACCGUCACACAGGUUAGAGAGACAGACUGAGCUCCAUCCACCACACAAGCCCCAUGGACCGACUGCUGUGUAACUGUGUGAUUGCUCUGGCUGUACUGCUGUUUGUGACUACACAGGUGCUGUGUCAGCUGUGUGACAGACCCUGCAUUUGCCCCGGUCCUCCCCCUCAGUGUCUCACAGGAGUCCCUCUGGUGCUGGAUGGGUGCCGGUGUUGCCAGGUGUGUGCCCGACAGCGAGGCGAGCCCUGCACUGAGAUGUUUCCCUGUGACAGCCAGAGAGGACUGCAGUGUGACUACAGUGCCAGCUUCCCUGGAGACCCUGGGGAGUGUGUCAGUCAGGAGGAUCUGGGCUGUGAAGUCAACGGCAUUACUUACCAGGAGGGCCAGUCGUUUCAGCCCUCCUGUGACUCUUACUGCCACUGCAGGGGCGGAGGGGUGUCCUGUGUGCCCGCAUGUCCCUUGAAUGUGCGUCUACCCACUCCGGACUGUCCCAACCCGCAAUUUGUCCGGCUACCGGGGAAGUGCUGCAGGGAAUGGGUGUGUGAAAACCUCGAUAACACAGUCAUUCAGGAUGCCAUUACAGCCGCGAGACAACACCGGCUGUGGCCGUCUCUGCCGAGGGAUCACCCUCUAAAUAAACCGGUGCUACCUGCCUCCACCUGUGUGGAGCAGAGCACUCAAUGGAGUGCCUGUUCCCAGAACUGCGGGGCUGGAGUCUCCACACGGGUUUCAAACCAGAAUCCCGCCUGUAAGCUGCAAAUGGAAACUCGACUUUGUAAAGUGCGGCCUUGUCAAGCUGUUCAGCCUGCUCUCAGAAAACCCAUGUGGGGACAGCAGGGACAUUGCAAAGCCAGCUACACGUCACCAGGGCCCAUCCGGCUCGUCCACCAGGGCUGCUACAGCACUCGGGCUUACAAGCUCCGCUACUGCGGGCAGUGCACCGACUCACGGUGCUGCACACCGUACCAAACCACCACCGCUGAGGUGACCUUCCGCUGCCCAACUGGCCGACUGCUGCAGCGAGCUGUGAUGAUGAUACACUCUUGUGUGUGUCAUAACAGCUGCCCCCACGCACCGUACACUAAUCCUGCUCUGUGGGGAUACAGGCCCUGAUUGGCCUGAUGAAGCACUGACUCACUGAAAUUAAUAAGACUUCAGAGACUGAUUUUAAGGGCUGGACAGAAACUUUAAGUAACCCCAUGUGGAUCAACAAUAAACGAAGAAAUGGACCCUGAAAGAGAAAAGAUUGUUUUAGGGACUGUGACUGAGUUUGGUGAAAGUUGCUCUCCAAACAUGGACUAACAUUGUCUGCACUUAUUUACUUCUCAUACAUAUAUGUGUGCACCUCCAAAAGCAUUAUGCUGAUUUUUGAUUUUAUCCAAAUGUUGAAAUUGACAAAUGGAGCGAACAAACAGACAUUAUAUUCAUAUAUGUCAUAUUUACCAGAAAAGUGCUUUACAAGAAACAUGAAACAUGCAGAUAGAAAGUACAGCGAAGGCAAAAUACUCAAAAUGCUUAGACUACAAAGUUAAAAUUGAAAAUGAGUUGAACUGAUUUUUGUUAAAAAAAAAAAAAUCUUUUAAAAUGUGCACUGAUUUGGUUUCCCACAGAUUUUUCUUCUUUUUUUCCCUUUAAAAAAUCCGAUGUUGCCAUUUGCCUCACCUUGAAAACCCUGAAUCACUCAUGUGGACCUUUUAACCUUAGGCUUGGUCUUUUCUCCAGGAUUCACUUUUGAAAAUUCACUUUAAGCAACACGUCUCUGUCUGGACCAAUAAUUAUCAAUUGAAGGCAGUUGACCUUGGUUAAGAGCAAGUUUCAGUGAAUUUAAAAGUAUUUGUUGAUGUACAUAUGUUCCACAGGAUGACUCCAACCUUUGUGUUGACAGAUAUUUUUCUCUGAUGUGAACAAUGCAACUUUGACCCUUGUACAGUUUUGUUGAUAGACAGAUGACUUUGCACUUAUUUCUUCAGUUUGUGAUUUAUUGUAAAUAUUUCUUUACAGAUGGUUCUUGUGUAUAUUGAAAAGUGUUAAUAUUGUGUCCUACA